AUGUUGCUGCUGUUUGAAACUCCGGCUGGCUUUGCCCUUUUCAAAGUCUUGGAUGAAGGAAAACUUUCCAAAGUCGAGGACCUUGGGAAGGACUUCUCCACCCCGGACUCUGCCAGACAGGUUGUCAAGCUUAAAGCAUUUUCCAAGUUUGAGAACACGUCCGAGGCUUUAUCUGCUGCCACUUUGUUAAUUGAUAGUAAACCUAGCAAAGGUCUUCGCAAGUUCUUGCGCAGCCAUUGUGAUGGCGACAUCUUAGCUCUUGCGGACUCCAAGCUCGGUAACACAAUUAAAGAGAAGCUGCAAAUAGAAUGUGUACACAACAAUGCUGUCAUGGAACUUAUGAGGGGAGUGAGGAGUCAAUUAUCUGAGCUUAUAUCUGGUCUGGCUGCUCAAGAUUUGGCGCCAAUGAGCCUUGGUUUGUCUCACAGUUUGUCAAGAUACAAAUUGAAAUUCAGUCCAGACAAGACUUACAAUCCAGCAGCCGACGCACUUCUAGGACUAACCGAAUCGCUUUCUAAAGAAGACGAUGGCAAGGGUGAGCUUGAGCAGGCUGUGAUUGAUGUGCCCAUUACGGAUGAGGAGGAAAAGAGCAAGAAACGAAAGAAGAAGGACUCGGGAGAUGGUGAUGGUGCGUUACAGCCCGAAAAUGAAGCUGUCAGGAGGGAGAAAAAGAAGAAGAGAAAGCAAUCCGAGCCAGAAACUGAUGACGGCAGUGUUGAUGCCGGUGAGAAGAAGAAAAAGAAGAGGAAACAUGCAGAGGAAGAAGGUGCAGAGACCCCAAAGAAGAAGGAGAAGAAGAAGAAAAGGCAAGAUUGA